UUUAACAAUCAGAGACGAUGUCACAGCGACCAAAGCUGUAUCUUUUUAAUUGUGACCGUACCUACAAAUUGGAAGCUGUCGAAGGUUUGUUAAACGCAACGAAAGCGAAACUCGUCGAACUCGGCUUUGACCCAGUCGUGGAGAAGCACUAUUUCUCACUUGGUCAGAUGUCUGACGUGACCACCAACACCAUUCCCAAACUACACAUGGACAUGGCGUUCUUUGUAGUCCAUGCACACGAAUCUCGGCUGUCGAUCAACGAAGACAACGCUGGAAUCGGUUACGCCAAUAUCUACAGAGCUCUACUGGAAAGAACUGGAGGGAAAGUCAUUAUCGUCAUUGGAGGGGAUGACAACUACAGGAGUGAAGACGAGAAAGACCGAGUCGUUAUUUCACGAUGGGCCUGGAGGAAGAUAUCCUCACAGUUUAGGGACGAAUUUUUAGAUGGAAGGAAAAGCUUCAUCUUUUCUUGGAACAAACAACACCGAGAGAUUCACGAAGAAGCAUUAUUGCAUUUCUUUGAGCCAAGCAAGGAAGGACAGAAGUUUGAAUAUCAACCGAAACUAAAACAACCGGAAAGCGGCAAAUCGGCACAGUCCUCGACCGAGAGAAACCCCUUGCAGAAAUGUCAGUCCAUGGAUGAACGAAGAGGGGAAGGUAUAAAAGGCAGUGGCUCUUUCAGUGCUGAACAAAGACGAGAGAAGUUCUCAGGCGGCCACUCCCACAGUGCUGACGAAACAAGAGAGUACAGCUUAUUCACUCGCCACAACAUUGCUGAACAGACAAGAGACGACCGCUUAUUUGGUGGCACCUCUGGAACCGCCAUGGCAACUUCUGAGGUUGAGUAUGGAGCCAAGUCCAAAGAAACUCCUUCAGCAAGCACUGGUAGAGCUAAGGGUACAGAAUUGGCCAUUCUUGGCUGUAAUGUGUCGGGGGAUUCCAUGCAGGCUGUGAGGAAAGUUUUUCAAGACAUCUGUCACAAGCUGAAUCUCGAGCCAUAUCCACCAGCUGAAAAUUUUCCUCCCCUCGAAGUUAAAAGAUAUUUGACGAAAAACCGUCUCAAGUUCUGUGUGCUGGUGGUGGAUGCCGAAACAGUAAAAGAUGCUUAUAUCAACUUAUCUCAACGGAAAGUGGAAUACCAAGAACUUCUGGAAAGAGCAGCGAAGGAAGUUUAUGAAAAGGUCGUCAUCUUGAUAUGCGACACCUGCUCUUUAGAAUCAAAAGAUGACGAAGUUAUAGUAAGUCAAACCAUCGAGCGCAUCAUUUGUGAUAAAGGAAAAGGCUUUGUUGCAUGGUUGAAAAAAGGAAAACUGUCUGUAGAUGCCAGUGUUUUAAUGCAGUUUCUGAUUUCGAAAUGGCCUGCGCCCCAACCAAAUCCACAGACGAAUCCCUCCAUUCUCUAGAUAUGUGGAUAAAUCAC